CCAAUUUAACACGCGAACUAGCUAGGCCAUUAGUCAUAUAAAUUCUUUAUACAAACUCAAACUUUAUAUUAUCAUGCUAUAUUCGUAUUCAUAUUCAUAUAAAUACGAGUGUUACAUGAUUCUUCCAAUUGUACGAAACUCAAAUUGCAACGUAGUUUGGCCAAGAAGAUCAAAGUUUGUAUUUGUAACGUGUGAAAGGAUGAGAAACAAUUUAGGAUCAUACAAAAUGCGCGGUUUGAUUGAGCUUAUACAACUCUAUAGAGCAAAAACAAACAAUGCAUUGGCUAAUAACGCCGUUUUUGCUAAUUCUAGGCGAAGAAUUGGAGAUAAUAAUGGCUCUCUUGUUAAUGUACAAUCACCUGGAGGUAGAAGUGUUCGUGCUGAAGGUGCUUCUACGGGAGGCGAUGGAAAGCCAACACCACCGUCACCUAAACCACGGCCACCACCAGCUAGGCGUGUUUCGUGGAUAAAAAUGGUUUUAGGCUCUAUGUUUUCUCUACUUUUAGCAUUUUGGGCACCUAAAUGGACAACUCUUCUAAGAAUAGGAGGUGAGGCGGAAGUAGUGUUGAGAGAGGUAGAACAAGUGGCGGAAGUGGUAGAGAAGGUGGCAACCGUGACGGAGAGGCUUUCGGAAGAGGUGGCUAAUGAACUCCCUGAUGGUAACAAAUUUAAGGAAGCAGCUUUGGUCGUCGAACAUGUUUCAGAGGAGGCAGCUACGGAUGCUCACUUGGCUGAAGAAAUCAUACAUAAGGUGGACGUGAUGAAGCAAGACUUUGAAGACGUGGAAGAGAAACUAGAACCCUUUAUUGAAAAAAUUGUACAUGACAAAAAGUCUAACAACAAAUUGUAGCAAACCGAAAUCAUCGAAGACACACUGCACAAAAUAGCCUAAGAGAAUAUUCAGUACAAUAAUAUUCCAUUGUUUUCAAUAAUUAACUAUUCCAUGCUUUAAAUUAUGUUAAUCUUUGAGAAACAGGCUCGUUGUGAAUGGAUUAACUUGUUUUGAA